AUGUCAUGGCGUCCAGCAUUGUGCACUGCCUAUAAAGCACUUAUUGGCUCACAUGGCAUGUAUCUUUCGCUUAGGACGGCAGCAGCUUAUGCAUCAUGCGAUGUAUGGCGUAAUAUUUCUGCACCCCAAGUUACAUCCUUAAAGAAUGGAUUUCGCAUUGUCACCGAAACUAAAGAGCUACCAACUGUUGCCGUCGGCGUUUGGAUCAAUUCCGGAAGUCGUUUUGAAAAUGAGGCAAAUAAUGGAAUUGCAAAUUUCUUGGAACACAUGAUAUACCGUGGCACAGAAAAACGGUCGCAAACAGAACUGGAGAUAGAAUUGGAGAAGAUCGGUGCAAGAUUUGAUUCAUAUACUUCCAGAGAACAUAAUGCGUUUUAUGUGCAGUGCGUCCCAAAAGACGUAGAAAAUGUGGUGGCACUGCUGGCCGAUGUGCUGCAAAACAGUAAAUUAGACCAAGCGGCUUUGGAAACGGAGCGUACUCGAAUUUUGUGUGAAAUGAAUAAAAUGGCUGAAGAUCACAGUGAAAUGGUUUUUGAUUAUCUUCACAAUGCUGCUUUCCAAGGAACACCUAUGGCUAAAUAUAUCCACGGUACGGAGUAUACAGUGAGGAAUUUGACACGAAAUGAUUUACGCAAAUAUGUGGAUUCUCAGUACAGACCAUCUCGAAUGAUCCUAAGUGCAGUUGGCAACAUUGAGCAUUCCAAGAUUUCAAACCUUGCUGAACGAUAUUUUGGUGAUCUUUCAAAAGGUCAAUCAGGAAAUACUUCUGAUUCGAAAGGAAUUCGUUUCACGGGAAGCGAGUUCCUGUAUCGGAAUGAUGAUAUACCCUUCAUGUAUGGCGCAUUGGCAGUUGAAGGUGUUGGUUUUAGUCAUCCCGAUGCUAUCCCGUUAAAGGUUGCAAGUACGAUGAUUGGUGAUUGGGAUUGUACACAACUGUCAUCAACGAAUGCUGCCACUGCUGUUACGCAGAAAAUUUCUACAGGCUAUGGUGUGCAUCAUUUGAAGUCGUUUUCCAUCAAUUAUAGCGACUGUGGUUUGUUUGGAUUCUAUAUCGUUAUGGACGGUAGCGAUGUAGCAUCUACGACAUUUGGCAUGAAGGAAGUUAUUCGGGGAUGGAAAAAAAUGGCUGUAGGAGUAUCUGAAGAAGAAGUUGAGCGGGGCAGGAAUAUGUACAAAACAAUAGUAUUUUCUUCAUUGGAAUCAAGUGUUACGCGUGCUGAUGAUAUUGCUAAACAGGUCUUUUAUACUGGUACUGCGCAAUCAUUGUCCGAUCUUGAAAAUGCUAUUGAAAGUGUGGAUAAGGAGGUAAUAAGUGAAGCUAUGAACAAGCACGUUUAUGAUCGAGACUUUGCAGUUGCAGGAGUUGGACGCACCGAAGCUUGGCCAGAUUAUUAUCAAAUGAGAAUAGGCAUGAGUUCUUGGCGAUUAUAA